AUGGAUGGGUUCCGGCUGGUGAAGCUCAAUGAGGUCAUCAGACAGGUGGACAUCGUCAUCACCUGCACGGGGAACAAGAACGUGGUGAGCAGGGAGCACCUGGACAGGAUGAAGAACGGCUGCAUCGUCUGCAACAUGGGGCACUCCAACACCGAGAUUGACGUGGCCAGUCUGCGCACUCCGGAGCUGACGUGGGAGCGGGUUCGCUCUCAGGUCGAUCACGUCAUCUGGCCGGACGGGAAGAGGAUCGUGCUGCUGGCCGAGGGCCGCCUGCUGAACCUGAGCUGCUCCACCGUCCCCACCUUCGUCCUGUCCAUCACGGCCACCACGCAGGCCCUGGCGCUGAUCGAGCUCUACAACGCUCCUGAGGGGCGCUACAAGCAGGACGUGUACCUGCUGCCCAAAAAAAUGG